AUGGAAGAUGAAUUAAAGACUAUCAUUGCAGCAGACCAACCGGUCAAGAUGGGACAGUUGUUGCAACUGUUCAAACAUUUAAACCCCAACAAACCAACCACCGAAAACACAACCAGCAUCCAAACCCUCUCAAUAUCAGAGAAAUUAACAAAUCAGAAUUACACAAAAUGGUCCAGGCUGAUACACUUAGCCAUUAGUGGACGAGAUCUGCUCAACCACAUCAUCGACGACCCACUAUCCAAGAAUGACCCAGCGUACAACCAGUGGACCAGAAGUGACUCGAUUGUUAUCUCAUGGAUUUUGGAGAAUAUAAAUCCUGAUCUGGUGAAUCAGUACCUUGAUUUCCCAACAGCCAAAACAUUGUGGCAAGGGAUUGAGACGCUCUACAGUAGCAGAAGAGAUGGCCUGCAAAUAUUCGACCUAAAGGUUAAAACCAACAAGAUUAAACAAGAAACAGACACAAUCGAAACAUAUUACAUCAAAUUGCUUAUGUUGUGGAAAGAAAUCGACAGAACCAAAUCCUAUGAAGGAUCCAGGGGACAUUCUCACCUACAACCAGUUAAUCCAACAAAACCGUACCAAUUUCUAGCAGGAAUUAAUGAGACUUUUGACAAGGAUAGAAGAGAUCUUCUUCUCUUAGACCCACUCCCUACAGUGGAAGAGGCCUAUGCUAGUAUCAGGAGAGAAAUAAUGAGGCGUGGUAUCAUGAAGAAGGAGCCCUCAUCAGAUCUGGAAUCAUCGGGCACCGGUGGAAAAAAGGGGGCAAAAGAACCGGCACGGUUUUCUGAUUAUAACCGGAUCGAUAGAGCAGUAGUAGGGUGGAGCACAGAUGAACACUCAUCCAUGGAGGAAGGAGAGAAUCAAGGGGCAGCCAUGAACAUCGCAGGGGGUUGGUUCUUUGAUUAUGGUGCUACAGAUACAAUGUCAUAUGACCCGAACGAUUUUUUGACUCAUGAAAAACCUCUGAAAAACAUCAUUAAAAUAGCUAAUGGGGAAGGGAUUAAAAAUGCUCAAAUAGGAAAAAUUAUUGGGCGUGGUAUUGAGAGAGGUAGACUGUACUACUUGGAAGAGGAGACUCAAAAAGGCAAAGUGGUUCUUGUUCGCGGAUCAGAGGAAAGGAAACUAUGGACUUGGCAUCAACGUCUUGGACAUCCAUCUGUAGGGUAUUUAGAAAAACUGUUUCCUAAUUUUGUAGGGCUAAAAUCUGAGUUUCGUAUAAACACUCGUAUUCUAGGUCCUGCUCCUAUCGUAGGCUUACAUGGUUUUUCAUACUUUGUUACAUUUAUUGAUGAUUGUACCCGGAUGAGUUGGAUUUACUUCCUUAGACAUAAAUCUCAAGUGUUUCGUGUGUUUGUUGAGUUCUAUAAUAUAUUCUUUACCCAAUUUCAAACCCAACCUCGCAUGUUUCGAACUGAUAAUGGUAGAGAAUACAUUAAUUCCAACAUGCAACAAUUCUUUAAACAAAAAGGCUUUAUGCAUCAAACCUCUUGCCCAGACACACACCAACAAAAUGGAGUGACAAAACGGAAAAAUCGCACACUUCUUGAGAUGACCCGUGCUAUUAUGCUUGAUUCCCAUGUUCCCACUUACCUUUGGCCUGAAGCCAUUGCCACUGCAAAUUAUCUUACCAAUAGACUUCCCACAAAAAGCCUUCAAUAUCACACACCCCUAGCCACUCUUCAAACCCAUUUUCCCAUACCUUCCUCGCAUACUCUACCUCCUCGUAUAUUUGGGUGCACAGUAUUUGUUCAUUAUUCGACAAGGGUACGAAAAAAAUUUCAACCAAGAGCAGUAAAAUGUGUUCUUAUUGGAUAUGGAAGGAAUCAGAAAGGUUAUCGGUGUUAUGAUCCCCUGACUAGGAAAGGAAUUUGUCACAGAGUGCCUUGGCAUUCAAGGCAGCCUUAG